AUGUCUUUUCUAACCCGUUUAGCCAACCUGCUGGGCCUGUCAUCCCCGGCCCCCGUUACUCCUCCGGGGGCCGCCCUCGCAGCAAUCGUCACAGUACCUGCCUCUUUAGGAUUUAUCCCGGUCGCGAUUCACUUUGAUCUCUUCAAUAUUCUCGUAGGUCAUGGUGGACCUGCGACGGCUGAUGAAGUCUCGGCGACCUGCAAUGCACGUAUCAAAGCCCAAGCGGGUGGUGAGCCAGAGUUGAGUACCAGAUUAGCCUCCGAUACACUGUACAUCAUGGCCGGACUAGGUCUAGUCGACCGCGUGGCCGAGGAUUGCUUCACAGCAAAUGCCAUCACAAACCACAUGGUCGCCAUGCCAUCUGCCCAGCAUGGCGCACUACACUUCACGACGGAAGGUCUAAUGGCCGGCGCAUUUUUGAUGAAAAAGCUUCAAGACACUCGCUUUGCAUACCCCUUCGCUGAUGCGGACGGCCCCUUGCAAUACGCCUAUCGGCUAAUGGGUCAACCUGACCUGGCCAAAAAACAUACGUACUCGAUCAUGGAGUCCCAGGGUCGCAUGGAUAGUUUCAAUCAUUUCAUGGUCGGUAAGUUCCUGAAGUUCGGGACUUUCCCCGAGCGGGUCAAGUCGAUGGGCUAUGAUUUAGAUGAUGCAUUAGCGGGUGGUACGGCCACUAGUUCUCGCUCUAGCUCUACUACCAUGGUCGAUAUUGGCGGCGGUCGUGGCGAACUCCUACUCGAGGUCCAGGCUGCGUACCCGCAUCUCGGCGCGGAGGACCUAAUCGUGCAGGAGUUCAAUGCUGAUAUUGAUAAUGUGCCCGGUUUGCAUUUCAUGGAGUGGAAUUAUAAGGACGCUGAACAGCCCGUUCGUGGUGCCUGUGUUUAUGCGCUGCAGCAUAUUUUGCAUAAUUUGCCUGAUUUGGAUGCUGUGGCGUUGUUGCAGAAGAUUUCGCGUGCUAUGACGUCUGACUCGCGAGUUCUGAUCAUUGAAGAGGAGUUCGGUGGAGUGGAGGCAGAUAGCGGGUUUGUGUGGAUUGGAAGUGACUUUUGA